CCAACACGCGUCACCCAUCUGUGCCAUACCAUGCAUCGGUCGGUCGGACAGAAAUUAGCCAGCUCAUCAAAACACUCACACACAUGAACACAUCGACACACGUCCUCUUCCCAUACACAGAGAGAGGGCUCACAUUUCGUGGUCGCACGACCUUGACGAAUGUCCUCACUUCUGUCCUCUGGGUAUGUGGUCGCCCAGCAGUCGUUUUUCCCUGCCGGCCUCCCGCCGGUGCGGAGACCUCUCCCGCCCCCUCAUCGACUGCCGAUCAUCCCUGUCCCUCUCCCGAUCCCUCUCGCCGCCCCUGUCGCCCCGACUAUCCGUGGCCACCAUCCGCUGCGGCCCAUUGUCCCGACUUGCCCUGUCGUUGUCUGGCCGGUCAUUCGGCUGGGCACCACGAUCGCCCAGUCGGUUCUUGGGUGGCGAGGGUCGAUGCGGAUGGGGAGGCGACCAACCGAAGGGGUUGCGAGGUCGGCGGUCGAUGUCGUCACGGCCGCGGUGGCGUCGAUCGUCGUCGUGCCUGGGGCGCCUGUCGUCGUCUCUUGUGUCCCCCCUGUCGCGCGAGAGGUCCCUCGAGAUGGGCUCCCUGCCCCGCGGCCUCUUGCCGUCGUCACUCUCUGCGCCUCGCCGAUGCCGGCGGCCGCUGUCGCUGUCGCUGGAGGACUCCUCGGACGAGCUGCUGUGGCGGUGCUUCUUCUUUCUGUGCUGCUUGUCCGCACUGUGAUGGUGGUGAUGGUGAUGAUGUUUCUUGUGCCGCCUGCGCUCCCGGUGGUGCUCGUCAGAUUCGUCUUCAUCUGAAUUGCUGCCCUUAUCCUUGCUGUGCCUCUCGUGACGCCCGCGCCUCUCAGCCUCUUCUCUCCGACGCCUUUUGUGUGCAGACGAGCGAGAUCGAGAGCGGCUCUUGAUGUCCUGGGCGUGACGCCGGUCGCCCAGGGCCCGCUUCCGCGACACUUUCACGGCCUCUCGUCGCUCAUUAUCCUUGCUGUCCCCCUUGGCCUUCAUGCCGUCAUCAUCUGCACGCCCCUUGCGAUGCGGAGAAGUGGCCGCCUUGGCAGCUACCUCCUUCUGAUGACCGGGGGCCGCCUCACCGACCGCGCCGCCGCCCUGCCUUGCGUCCUUUGCGGCAUCCGCCUUGGCAUCCUCUGCAGCUGCGGCGGGGGCCGACUUGUCGCUCCCGCCUUGAGCUGCCUGCUUGGGUGAGGUGGCGCGAGCAGGUGGGUCAGACGGGGCGGGCGGAGGUGACUCGGUGGGCACCGGAGGGAGAGAGGGAUGCUCAGAUGUGAUGGAUGACGUGGACGAGAAGGGCCUGGGCUGCUUGCCGGCGUCCGGAGGCCUCCGUGGCCUGGCCGCUCCCUGCGGGCUGUACGACACUGAGCCGGCGCCAAAGCCAAGUGUGAAAUCAGGCUUGUUGCUACUCUGCUUUGGCCGCUUGUCGUCCUUGCGGUCGUCCUCAUCGCUGCUGACGGUCUCGAGACCCUCAGGUGCCUCACGGCGGGCCGGCUUCGGCAGCCACGGGGAUGGCUCCGUGACGCCAGGGAUGGGCGGCUCCUCAGACACAUCGCCGCACAUGGGGUCCUCGCUGAUCGGCGGGGCGGUCACUUUGGGCUUCCUGGGCGGCGACGGGGGAGGUGCGGGGGCGUGCACGCGCAUCAAGGACUGCAGCAUGCCCCGCACGCCGUCGGCAGAGAUGACCGUCGAGGCCCUCUCGGCGUAUCGUGACACGAAGAGCUCCUUGCCGAAUGCUGGCCGCCGGGUGAGGUGGUUCCUGUCCUGCUGCCUCUGCUGUGCCUCUUCCAUGAGGUGCUCGCCGUGCAGCCAUUUGUCGGCACUGAUGGCCUCGCAUGGGAAGGAAAACAGAGGCGGCUGGCAGUCCUCAAAGGCGAGGUCAAACCCAUCCUCGGGCGGGGGGGCCGGGGUGAAAGGCGGUGGGGGAGGCGGCGGCUGGCCGGGCACACCAACGAGCUCUGAUUGAUGAGGGGGCGACACAGACGAAUUGCCUGCAGGCUCGCCAUGAGUGGGGGGUCUGUAGAGUGUGCUUACGGCUGUUGGGUCGAUUGUCGAUGUAGCUCUGUUUGAGACGCUCCGAUUCCUGCGUGUACGACGACAGGCCGAUCUGGCCUGCACCCAAAAUCAUCUGCUACAAGCAGACGCAAGACAGCACGACACAAUAGUGACUUGCACGCCACAGCAAACAGCGGCUGACUCUCGUCACACGGACCUGAUUCAGUGCCAGCCGGUCACUGUAUUCGGCCCUGGCCUCAGCGGCCGACUUGCCCUUGCCCUUGUCCUCCUCCCCUCUCGUACCAGCCUGCUCCUGAUUCUUGUGCCUCUUGCGGUCGAGGAGGGCGCGAUGCUUGCCCUCGAUGGAGUUGAGCCCCACACGGGACCCCUUGACGAGGAACUCCCUGACGUAGUUGGCCAGCUGGGUAAGGUGGCCCUUGGCCUUGGCCACCUUGGGGUCUGAGAUGAAUCCCGCACCGCCGCCCUCCUUGUAGCCCCAGUUGGCAGGGUCCAGCACGAACAGCAUCGAAGGACCCUUACUGGUCGGCUGGUGCUGAUGGCCGUCGGGGACCUUCACGCGCGGCAUGUGGACGGCCCCCUUGAGCUGCUGCGCCUCCAGGAUGCACUCGCCGAUGCGCUCGAGGUGGGCGAUGUCGAGGGAUGGGUCGGUGAGGGGGCAUAUGUCGAAGUCGAUGACGGGUGUGUUGAGGACCUUGCCCUUGAUGUCGUCCACUUCCUUGGCGAGGGUGUCGCGGGCACCGCCCAGGGCGAUCCACACCAGCUGGUCGGCGGGCAGUGACGCCCGCUCGCGGCAGGGGUGGAAGCAAUCGGGCAGGGGAGAUGAGGCGUCAUCAUGAAGCGCCUGAUGGGAGGGGAGGGGAGGAGCGAGGAGAAGGACGGAGUGACGACCUGUCGAUAGUAGCAGAAGUGCAUGCCUACCACUUGUGUGUGGUCUGCUGCUCUUCUCAGCGCCUGAGCGUCGAUGUCCAUGUGAAGGGCGGCCAGGAGCUGGGCGUAGAGGGCGCACCGCUCCACCUGCUCGUCCAACAUGUAGGGAGGCGAACCAGACCCUAUCACCCAGUAUAUCACUGACACACACGCACACACACACGAGAUGUCAUGCGUCCGUCCAUGUGUGUGUGUCCAUCCCUGUGUUCGUGACUCACUCUGAUUUUUGUUCCUCUCCUUGUCUGCUCUCUGCAGCCAGUUGAGCACCGGUCGCUUGAGAUAGUAGGGCACCUGGAUGGCCGCCACGUCCGACCGCUCCCUCACCUCGUUCCACAACGACGUGACGGCGUCGAGGGCAGCCAGCGGCCCACCCUGCAGCAGCACCUUCUUGGGCAUGCCGCCCUGCUUGACCACCUCCAGGCCGUGCAUCUGCCACUUGCCCUUGACGCUCUCCAGCACCUGCCCCAGCUCCCUCAUGCGGUCCUCGCCGUCCCUGACCAGCCGACCCAUCUCGCCUCGGUAACCCGCUAUAAACGACAGACGCCAGUCGGGCACAGACAGGAAGACGGACACCACACUCUGUUUGAAGCGCUCGAUGCGGGAGGUGGGGGCGGUGCUGUCGGCUGGCUGUUCGGCCGUGGGUGAGGCGGACGGGUCGUGAAGGGCCCCGAUGACCCGCAGCCAUGAUGUGAGGAUGGUCUGGCGCUGCUCGAGGGAUGCGGGGGAGGGGGAGGGGUCGGCCGUCAGCUGCAGGCGAUGCUCCUCGAAGCUGGGCGAGCAAUCGUACAGCUGCAGCUCCCUGAGGUGGGCAGAGAACACAACAGCGACGGGUAGGUGUAGGAGCGCGUGUGUGUGGGAUGUCUCUCGGUCUCAUGGUUACCAGAUGGGAGCGAUUUUGGCCUUGGCUGAUGCAUUGUGCCAUCCGGGUGGUGGCUGCAGCUUGAGUUUGAGCCCCAGGAGGUGCCUCAGAGACACGUCCAGCGCCUUGAGGGUCCUGACCAUCUCCUCCGUCACAAAUACCGACUUGAGGUACGGCUCAGAUGCGCCGGCCGCUGCAGCGGCCAUGGGCGGGGCCGCCACAGCAUGACCCACGGGCGACAACGGACCUCUACUGUGGCUGUCUGUCGGGCUGCACCACACACACACACAGACAUACGAAACGAUCAGUCCUUGGUGGGAGAUUUCAAUGGAUGCCUACGAGCGCGUCUCAUUGACUGACCUGGGAGUGGGUGUCUUAGCUGUUGCAGCCGAUGAGCCAUCCUCCUUGGUCCCCGAGUGUGAGGUGGCCUUCUUGUCCUUUUUCUUCUUGCUGCGCGUCGACAGCCGCACGGGUUUGCCGCACGCCGGCGACGGCUCGCCCUUAUCGCCUUUUUUCUUGAGGCUCAUCACCUUCACCUUGGCCGCUGGGUGGGCAGAUGCAGCCAGGGGCUGCGGCGACGCGCCAUCGGCGGUUUGCGAGUCGAGACUCUGCUGGCUCUCGCCGGGCUGCGGGGACUGGGGACGUGGCUCAUGGAAGGGGGCCGGGGGCGACGGCAUGAAGUCGUUCUUGGGCUUCUUGACAACACCCUCUCCAUCUCCCCCUCCCAGCCCCUCUUCGUCUAGCUUGCGCUUCUUGUGUGGUUCCUGAGCGUCAUCGACGGCCAUCGGGCCCGCAGCAGACCGGCCGUCGACCGCUGCAGGUCCUGGGACGGCCUCGUCGGGCGCCUUGUCGUCACUGACGGCUGCCGAGGCGUUGAGCACGGGUGGCUGGGGGGUAUCCGAUGUGAGAGAGACGUCCAUGAGGUCAUCGGGUUCAAUGCCACCCUUGGACUUCUUCUUGGCCACCCUCCGCCUCUUCUUGAUGCUCUUGGGACCGUUGGCCAGCCCAGGCAGCAGAUCCUCCUUGUCACGGCUGGCCUUGAUGCCCUUGUCCUCUGGACGGCUAUCUGCUGACGGUACGGCUGGCGGCUGCGCCCCGAGACCGAAUGGCCUGGGCGGUGAGUCGCCCGCCAUCAUCUCGUCGUGUGCGUGGCCGCCAUCGAUGGGCGCCGAGGGCUUCGCGAGACUAUCAACAUGGUUGCUGUGGCCGUGGCCGGAGAUGGUGUCAUUCCGGGCAUGAGGACGUGACGACGAUGGCACAGCUGCAGCCGAGGGGCCAGACGCAUUGUCCUUGUCUGGAUCUGCUUGACACACACAAGAGGGAGAGUGAAGAAGGGCGACACAACGUGAUCUGAGAAGGCUUCGUACCUGAAGGUUGUGCCCUGAGGACGGAUGUGUCAGGCUCAGGCAAUCUGUCCCCAGUCAGCUCAUCAGCAGUCGUCAUGGACAAGAGGACGCUCUCGCCAACAUCGGAUUCAACGCGGCAAUCUCGCUAUCUAAAGGCACGAUGGGUCUCAGUGACUGCACUAUGAGCCUCACGCACACGGGGGGAGUGGCAGAGGCCGAGAAACGCCGAUCUGUGGUGCGAGCUAUAGGGAACGACGAGAGCAGGAG